CUCGUGCUGGUUCUGAAGGCACGUCUGACCUGACAGUUACUUCUUAACUCGGAUGGAAAGGAAGGAAGACUGACGACCACCUCGGAACUAACUCCGUGUAAAGCUGCCUGGAUAAAGUCAACUGAAAGUGAAGGAAGGAGACAAGCACAGCCUCAAAGGGGUGGGGCCAUGUCUGGCAUCAACAGUGCUAACAGCAGCUGGACCAUCGUCAGUCCUGAGGAGACUGGUCCUGAAACUGUGAGGCCUCUGGAGGAACAGACGAAGCAUCAUGAGCAAGCUGGUGGGCCAAGCAACCAGCCUUUAGAGAGUUUAGAAUCUUCAUGUCUCCCGGAAGAGGACCAUCAGGUAGCAGAAGAGAGAAAAACAGACCCAAGUGAAGACUCCAGCACAGAUCAUCCACCCGCCGUGCCCCCAUCUGUCACAGAUGCCCCCAUUCCUUCCGGCGACGUCCAAUCAGAGACUGCACUUGACAGCCCUAACCAGGAUGCCUUCUCCGAAUCCUUAAGCCACAUGACCCCCUCCCCUGAUGAGCCCCUGGGCUCGCUGCUGAGCACAGAAACUCUGGGAGGUGUGGAUCUCAUGCAGCAAAGAGAGAGGCACGACGGAAUGUGGGAGGAAGACCUAAAACAGGAAGGGGAGGAGUCAGACCUGCUUUCUAAACACACGGAUACUUUGGAGAAGCCAGGGUCAAAUGAAGGGAGGGCCGAUGACACAGAGUCUGAGAGGAAGCGCCUCCUGGCCUCUUUGGAGCGAAUCGGGAGGAUAGAUGAGGAAGAGGAAGGAGAGGAAGAAGAAUUCCAGCUGCCAAGGCAGAGGGCGGAUGACAGCAUGUUCUCUUUGAACAAGUGCAUCCUGGGUGCUGUCAUUCUAGUCGGACUUGGCACCAUCUUGUUCUCAGGGGUCUUCAUGGACCUGGGUGAAGAGAGCGACUACAGUACAAGGGAGUUGAGAGAUUCAGAAGAACAAGGAAAACAGGAGGGGCUUCAUCCAGAGGCUCUUCCGCCCCCAGUAGAUGAGGACAACUCAGAGCUUCAGACCAAACUAGCCAAUGGAAACCAACAAAUUUCUAUGUUGCAAGCUCAACUUCAGGCACAGGAAGAAGAGCUGAAAGCGGCUGAGGAUCAGGCGGCAGAGGGCGAAACGGAGCGGCUGCGCUGGCAGGAGGAAAACAGUAGGUUGAAGUCCGAGGUGGCAUCUCUUCCUGUCCUUCAGAAAGAGAACGAGAGGCUGAGGAGGGAGCUAGAGACACUGCCGACACUUCAGACCGAACAAAAAACUUUGAGAUCCACAGUCACUAAGUUGACAGUGCCCUCAAGUGGUCAGCCAGCAGAUGGAAAACAAGACGGCAAAGUUGAGAAGAAGGACAAACAUGGCAAGAGUGAGAAGAAAGCGUGGAAAGAGAGGAACAAGUCCGAAUGGAAGGAAGGCGAGAGGAAGGAGCGCAAAGAUGGUAGUAGAGCGGCGCGAAAGGAGGCCGAAAGUGGGAAACGAGACCACGGAAAGGCGGACAAGGUGAAGGAAGGGGAAGGAAAGCGCGAGGAGGCGAAAGACCGGAAGAAGGAGAGCAGAGGGGACAAGGAGAAAACGUGGAAGGAGCAAGACGGGGAAAAGGAGUGGGCCGAGAAGACAGAGAGGAAAGAGUGGAAGAAGGACAAGCAUGAGAAGCAAAGAAGAGGUAAGGAAGAGGAGAAGAAGGAGUGGAGAAAAGAUGGUGAGACGCACAAGGUGAAGGACAAGUGGAAGAAGAAAGGGAAAGAUGGCUUUGAGGAGCAUGGCAAAGCCAAAUGGGAGCGAGCAGACAAGAACUGGAAGAGUGGCAAUAAUGAAGAAGGAAGAGGAGGGGAGAGGAAAUACGUGGAGGAUGCCAAAAAACAAGCUCGAGAGAAUGAUGACAGGAAGCACUGGAGUUAUAGUGGGAAAGGCGAUAAGGACCGGAUGAAGAAUGGAGAUGGGCUGAAGAGGAAAAAGGACAGUGGAGAAUUGAAAGGGGAUCAGUUGAACUUGCAUAAGACCAAAUUCACUGGCUACCAUCACGAAGUGAACAUGUGGGCCAAGGAGAAGACACCUCCUGCCCAACAACAGUCCUCUGCGGACGCAACUGACUACUGGACCCAGCAGCGGAAGCGCCUCCACAGGAAGCCCAAACAGCCUCACCACUGCCACUCCCAGGAGGCCUGUGCCCAGGCCGAGGGGCUUCACCCUGUUUCCUUUCCCCAGUUCGAGUCCAUCCUCCAAGCCUACCUCGCCAAGGCCGAUCAGGCUGGCGUAGACUCCUCCAAGAGCGAAGAGCUCCGUAAACUUGCCGCAGAGUUCUUCCAGGACGGCAUGUUCAUGCACGACCGGGUGAACUUCCGCAAGUUCGUCAAGGACGUGUCUGAUAUUCUGGAAGACAUGGUGGAAGGGGACAGCGAGGAAGACAGCGACCUUGAGGAUGAGAUGGAGAUGUUCAAGAGGGAAGCGGUGCAGAAGUUUUUAGCGACGGGAAGCGGUGGAGAGCGACACAAAGGGGAGUGGAAGAAGCAGAGCCCACGAGCCAGCGGUUGAAGGAGGAAGGGACGAAAUCCAUCGUAAAAAGGGACCACCGGAUGGUGGGCGACAUUCAUUUUGUCCAAUGUUGCUUUUGUUUUACAUGUACAGCGCGCACAGUAUCCCACUAUUUAUGCAGUAAUUCAUUUGAUCCACUGCGACGCAGAUCACAUUUUGUAGCGCACCUUCCAUUUUGUUCAGUAAUAACAAAACUCCAAAUACGACUAACUUUAAGGCUAAAACUCAGAUCUUGCCAUAGUUGCUGGCAUUAUUAGUUAUAAGAAGGUGCCUUGUGGGGUAUUCCAUUUUUCUUUGACCAACUUCCUCAUCCACGAGUGCAGUGGUUCCCAGUUUUUGAGCAAGGCACGUAUUGUACAGUAAAACAAAAUCCCAUGGCUCAACACCUUCUGUCACAAACAUUAUGCAGUAUACUAAAAUAAUGACCAAGUCUCAAUUUACUCAAAAAUUGACUUGGUGUGAAAUCUUGGCCUGUUAAGUUGAACACAAAGUUAGCUUUCUGUUAUCUAGAUGGCAACAGGUUACAGGUUAAUAGUACCUUCUGCCAUCUAGUAGAAUAGCAUUUAAUUGUUCUGCCUGUCACUGAAUGUCGAUGGCAAAGAUAGAUGAAUGGAUACAUUACUUAAUACUUACUAAAUAAUUUAAAAAAUUUCAAAUCAGGGAAGUUGGAUCAUUUUCCAUCAUUUUCAUUUUUUUUUUUUCGCACACCUGUGCGCUACAGUGGUUGGGAAUCACUGCACUAGGUAGCACAAAUAACACUCCAUUUUAAUGCUUAUGACCACUUGCUGAUGUGGGGAAAAAUCCUGUGAGAUAUGUUCUAUUUUAUAGGUGGUUGAGAGCGGCUUGAUUGGCGCAUAAUGCCUACGAGUGGGCCGACAUCUUAUAAAGUUGAAUUUACUCAUCCAGAGUGUCCAUUCUUCCCUCAGCUGCAGCCUUCACACUGCUCAGUCUUAUUGACACAAUGCAGCUUGAGUCAGUUCCCAUGGCGAUAUGUCUGAAGCUAUUGUAGUGAAUGUUUUAUUCUUAUUAUUAUUAUAGAAGAAGCCUGUUUUUCUUUGUUUUAAUAUUUGUACAUAAUUGCAUUAAACACUUACAAGUAACUUAUUUUUCGAGUUUGGUGUUACAUAGGAAGGUACAGAAAAUAUUGUUGGAAGCUUGUUUGUAGCUUUUCAGGCACAUAAGUCAUUCUGUGCACUGAAGUCCUUAAUUUGUGUUUCAUUUUGAAGGUAACACUGUAUUAUUAGGUUGACUGAUGAUUUACUAAUGUGGCAUCACAUGCUGUGUGGCAGCAUGCAGAGCUUUUUUUUGUUGUUGAAACUUUCAUACUUGUUACCAUGGCAGCAGCUUAAUAAAAUGUGGGCAUCAAA